GAUUUCCUGUUGUGCUAACGCCUGAGUCUCUGAUCUCUCUCAUUUUUUUUUGCCUUACAUCGUAACAUGAUCUUGCAAAAUAGACGAAGGGAGUAUAUUUCUCACAAAUAUCACAGAGCCCCACCUAGCUGUGCCCCACCUAGCUUAUUGGCGAAGAAAAUUGCUGUCUAAGGGUUUCAAUGACCAUCCGCGUCCAUCCGCAUCCUUUAACAAGCACGUGCCGACGAAUCAGAGUUCAGGACUGUUGAACGGAAAUGAUUUUGGAUGUUUGACACGGAGACGCGUAAAAUUUCCAAGCACCAGUGUAUUAAACGUGAUACGCAGCCGGAGGAUCAAAUAACACCCUUUUCUUGUCCGUCUCUCUUCAUUUCUCCUGUAAUAUAAAGAACACAAGAAAGAAAACCAUCCGAUCUCCCUCCCUCCCGCCCUCUUGCCCCCUCUCUUUCUUCCACAAGGUAUAAAAAAUCCAUGGCAUUUUAAAUAUCAGCAUUCCCAAAAUCCACGAAAACCCUAGAAAUCUCACAGCCUACAAAAGAGAAACGAAGGCCAUUGCAUUCCUCUCGCCUCCUUUCAAAUCGAUGGCUUCUGAUGGUUGUUAUCUGGACAAUAUCCAUGGCUCCAGAUUUAUCGUCACGUGUCUGAUAGGAGGGCUGGUGCUCGGCGGCUCCGUCUACGGCUUCUGCUUUGGAUUCCCGCUGCCCUCAAUAGGAAUCUUCAAGAAGAAGAAGAAGAAGCCAGUGCGCGUCUACAUGGAUGGAUGCUUUGACAUGAUGCAUUACGGGCACUGCAACGCCCUGCGCCAGGCCCGUGCCCUCGGCGACCAGCUCGUUGUGGGUGUUGUCAGCGAUGCUGAGAUCACUGUCAACAAGGGCCCGCCGGUCACUCCCCUCCAUGAGAGGAUGAUCAUGGUGGGAGCUGUUAAGUGGGUUGAUGAGGUCAUCCCUGAUGCUCCUUAUGCAAUCACUGAAGAUUUCAUGAACAAGCUAUUCAGUGAGUAUAACAUUGACUACAUCAUUCAUGGAGAUGAUCCUUGCCUUCUUCCUGAUGGAACUGAUGCUUAUGCCCUUGCCAAGAAGGCUGGUCGCUAUAAGCAAAUAAAGCGGACGGAAGGAGUUUCAAGCACUGACAUUGUUGGUCGUAUGCUUCUUUGUGUGAGAGAGAGAUCAAGCAGCGAUAGUCACAGUCAUUCUUCUUUACAAAGGCAAUUUAGCCAUGGCCACAGCAACAAAUUUGAAGAUGGUGGAUCCGGAAGCGGAACUCGAGUAUCUCAUUUUCUUCCAACAUCUCGGCGGAUUGUGCAAUUCUCAAAUGGCAAGGGGCCAGGUCCAGAUGCUCGUAUAGUUUACAUAGAUGGUGCAUUUGAUCUCUUCCAUGCAGGACACGUUGAGAUACUAAGACUUGCUCGAGGACUUGGAGAUUUUCUACUAGUUGGGAUUCACACUGAUCAAACAGUCAGUGUUUAUAGAGGUGUGCAUCGCCCAAUUAUGAAUCUUCAUGAGAGAAGCUUGAGUGUUUUGGCUUGCCGAUAUGUAGAUGAGGUGAUAAUUGGUGCUCCUCGGGAGGUGUCAAAGGAUAUGAUUACAACCUUUAACAUCUCCCUGGUUGUCCAUGGAACAGUUGCAGAGAAUAAUGAUUUUCAGAAGGCAAAGGGCAACCCAUAUGCAGUUCCAAUUGAUAUGGGUAUCUAUCAACAACUAGAAAGUCCUUUGGACAUCACAACUAGCACAAUCAUCAAAAGGAUUGUAUCGAAUCAUGAGGCAUAUCAGACAGAUAUGCAGAUGUCAGAAAACCCUUUCCAUUGUUACUGCAGAAACGGAAUGAGAAGAAGGCAGAAAGCGAGAGGAGGUAUUAUGAGCAGAAAGGAUUUGUUUCCGGUGACUGACUUUUGGAGACUUUCAGGCAACACUUUCUUCUCAGGCAUAGAGAUAGAGAUUCUUUUUAGUCCUUUCUGCAGAAAUGGCCCUUAAUACUUCACACCAUUGCAUAGUGGAACCCGAGCUUGGCUGUGACCCAUUAUCUCCGUUCUCGGUCGCUUCUCAAGCUCUGAGCUAAUUCCUUAGCCUGACAUCCUUUAUUUGGGUAUUGGAACCUGUUGAAUGUUUAUCACUCCUCUGCCUUAAUCCGUAAACAGAGCUAUUCUUUCUUUGUUUUUUUUUUUUUCUUUUCUUUUCUUUUUUCGUUUUUCUUUCAUAUGUUGUUUGUAUACUGUAGUUUGCAGCGUUACCCUUUGGAUGAGGUAUGAUACUUAAACGGAGCCUGUUUUGAUAUUGACUCCGAUUUUUGGAGAUGAGUUGAUAAAGAGCCAUUGGCUGAA